AUGAGGCGGCGCUGCGGGACGGAUGGGUCCGGCGUCGGAGGAGGGGGGGUCGGGGAGGCUUCGUGGGCAUCCCCUGCACGGCGCGAGCACAACAGAGCGGGUUUCUGUUUCCUUGUGCACGCGGAGUUGAAGGCCGACAGUUAACCGGAGGCUUUGGCGACGUCUAGGCCUCCGAGCGGGCGUCCGCCAUCUUUGGUUAAACUGAGAAGGACUAAACCCUUGCCCAUCACAUAAAUAUAUGACAUUCCAGCAUUAAACAAGAUCCCGAACAGCUUCUACAAUCACGAGAGGAUUUGUGAGUUUCCGCUGAACUUAGGGAGACAGAAGCACCACCUCGCACAUGCAUUUACUCCCUCUACCGUUUUUCUGUGAACAGCCCGGUAAAGUGACGGGAAUAAAGCACGUACUCUUACAAAGGGCUGUGUAACUAACCCUUACGUAAAUAAAAGUCCAGUCGCUGUUGCUUGAGGUGCUUGUGUUCUUCGUUUUGCCAGCGUUUUCACAUGUUCUUCAGUGCAGGAUAUUACAUGAGGUUUUGCGUACAAGAACCAGAAACUAAGCAUCUCAUAAAAACCUGACAGGAAGCAAGCGAUUCCACCGUCGGCCUUUGCAAAUCAAUUUCACACGGUGUUAGUUGGAGAGGAUUUGUGGUUUGGAAACCGAAACCAAACACCACAUCCGGAUCUGAUGGAGUCGGACAAUUUAGUCGAACCUGCGUACCGUCGGAUUUUGAGCAUGGAAGGAAUAAGCGCCGUUCACAGCGGGGAGAAACCGUACGUGUGUUCUGUGUGUGGACGAGGCUUCAGCCAGUCGUCUGGCUUAACGAGACAUAAAUGCAGCCACACUGGGGAGAAACCAUGGAAAUGUGGGGACUGCGGGAAGGGGUACCGAUCCCCAUCAAAGCUAGAAACUCAUCGACGCAGUCACACUGGGGAGAGACCAUUCACCUGCUCCACCUGUGGGAAGGGGCUAACUCAGUUAUCCAGCCUGCUGGCACACCAACGGGUUCACACCGACGAGAGACCGUUCACCUGCUCAGACUGUGGGAAGGGCUAUAAGAGUUCCGGGGACCUGAUUUGCCAUCAACGUCUUCACACUGAGGAGAGACCCUUCAGGUGCUCUCACUGUGGGACUGGCUUCAGGCGAUCAGCUCAUCUCACUGUACACCAGCGGGUUCACACCGGCGAGAAACCGUUCGUCUGCUCUGUGUGUGGCAAGGGAUUUACUCAGACUUCCACCCUCCUGACACAUCAGCUGGUUCACACUGGGGAGAGACCGUUCACCUGCUCCACCUGUUGGAGAGGAUUCACAACCUCAUCCCACCUGCUGAGACACCAGCGAGUCCACAAAGAGCAGCAGUGAUUGGAUUGUGCUGUGAAUCGCAUCCAGGACGGACCCAUGUUUAUCACGGUCUGUGUCAGGUGAUGUUACUGAACUUCAGCCCUGUUAAAGGGGUUAAUAUACUAGAUAAAGGCUAAAUAUAUCAACCUUG